CUGGGGGUUGAACUGGUGCUCAGAGAGGCAACAGGAGGACUUUGGAGGGUUCUACCCUAAAACCACAACACAAAUGGGCUCCGUCGCCUAGCGUUCACCCCACCACGCGUCGUCGACCAGCCGUGAUAACAUCGCUGCGACCCGAACACCGGCAGCUCCGCAUAUUAAAGUGUGAAUGUCGUUAUUCCCCAAAGAAUAGCGUCGUUAUUCCUCAUCCACCUCUGGGUUGUUGGGAACUGAAGGUGCUCCAUCUUUUUGACGGUUGACUUUAAAGUUGGGGAAAAUGGCAUCAAUUCCAUCCAGCGGUUCCCUUGUUGCCACCCACGACUACUACCGAAGGCGCAUAGGAUCCACUUCCAGCAACAGUUCCUGUGGCAGUUCGGAGUAUACUGGGGAAGUCAUUCCACACCACCCAGCCCUACCGAGGCAAGACUCGGGCCACUGGUGGUCCACCUUCUUUUUUGGGAAACAGAAUCAGAUGGGAACUCCUAAUGGAUUUGACGCCCAACAGAAGACUGGAACCUACACAGUGACUAACGGCCAGGUGACCUGCAUUGCAAAGGAAAUGGUGAUGAAGAGGCAGCUAAGUGAGAGCAGUGACUCAGGCAAGCCAGAGCUUACCAGUCCCCCUGCCUCAUAAACCCAACCGGGAGUCCCAGGCGUAGACGCAGGCGACGCAGGCUCCUUUUCUUUUUUUUUUUCUUUUUUUUUUUUUUUAAUUGUUCUUUCAUUCUCCUUUUUUCCUUUUUUUUACUUUCAGUAGAAUCAGGCUGCUUAUGUUAAGUUACUGACACUACUUGUUAAUAACGACCAAAACAAUUUCAAAAAUGACAAAAAAGAUGCAUAUUAUUUCCAUGCGGUUUGACCACUAUUGCUGUGCACUUAUUCAUAUCAUUUGCUGUUGAAUAAAAGUCUGCAGCCUAUA